AUGGAGCAGCGAGAGCGAGACCAAGAACCAAAGUGCAGCGAGGGAAGUAACGUGACCACUCGCCUGGACGUCUUAAAUCAACACUACCGCCGUCAGGAGGAGGAAUUACACAAACUUUCCGAGCAGACGCAGAAGGGACUGAAUGAUCAUUUAAACACACUUAAAAUGUUGCUGGAGGACAGCCAUGCUGGUCAAGCUCGCAUCAACGCCUCGGUGGCUGACUUGGCGCAAAAUCUGCGGAAUUUUAACAGGACUACGCAGGAGGGACUAGGACGCUUCUCUUCUGACGUGACCACAGCAGUGAGGGACACAGCAGCCACAGUGGCGGAAACAGUAUCAACCUUAAGUAAUGAACUGAAGGAAGGAACCUCAAACAUCAUUGAUAUCCUUGACGACAGGGCUUCACAGGCAGAGAACCUUCAACAAACUGUUUUGGAAAAUUAUUCUGAUUUGUCUGCAGAGAUUAGUAGCCUAAAAAGAGUCGAGCAGGUAAUGAUCAACACAGCAGAUUCUGUCCUUGACACCAAACGUAGCAUCGAAUUCGGUAUCCAACAGAUCAUCCUAGAACUUGGAGAAAUUGUGAAAAACAGCGGAAGUAACAUAAACUCGACCCUUUCGGAUCAAAUUAGCAACAUUUCUUUCGCCAUUCUGAAGAAUCAGACCUCUGCUCUGACCAACAUGACUGCGAAGAUGGAGCAGGAGAUCUCACAAGUGUGGCGGCAGAUUGGUAUUAUGUACCAACAGAUGACACAGUCUGUAGAUCUGCUGGAUCAGCUGAAGGAUACCACUAAGCAGCACAUGAACGCUUCCUUGUCUCGCGUGGGGAACAUGGACGGUACCGUCGACAAAAUCAGCACAAAGGUCGAUGAUGUUGAGAAUAACCUCAACUACCUUCUGGGUCGCCUCUCUCUGGUAGUGUCAGAGUUCAACCUGAUGAAGUAUGGUGUAGGGGAAGAGCUCAUGAGAUUAAGAGAGAACUUGGCAAAGGAGAAUAACAACAAUAAUGUGCACUUCGCCGGAGAACAGCCAUCACCGGACAGUCGGUAUGAGGUGAAUCGCAAGAGACAUGCACCUGUGCACACAGAGUCUUACCCAGGACACAACCCUGAGCCCCUCACUGUAUUUUAGCUAGCUAAUGCUUUAUUAUAUUAUCAUGCAACUUGACUGUGUUCAGCAUCGGGCCUCAAGGCAAAUAGUUUAACUUAUCCAAGCAGUCCAUUUUUUUUCUAACAAGCAUAGAAGUUUAAAGUAAAUUAAGGCAUACAUUUAGCUUGGCCAUCAAGUUCUACUCAUUGUUAUACUCUGAAACAGUUCAUAGGAAAUAAAAAAAAGUAUGUAUUUAUCAUUACUGGUGUACUGCAACGUAACAACAGAGACUAAGAACCUAGUUGGUAUUAUAAUUAUAGUGGUCACUGUGAUUUGGAAUUUUUUUGUAGUAAUGAUCACUGUAGAAUGUAUCACUAUUUAGGAACGCCCGGUGGCAAUUAGUGUCAUUAGAGUGAUGGGUAAACUGCUCUAGACGUAAUACUGUUGGGGCGCAAACUUUGGUAUGUAACUUUUCUAGACGUAGUAAUAGUGUUGUGGUGCCAUGUGAAGAUAACGACAUCGCAGGAUUCAUUAUCAUCUCUAGAUUUAAUAUCUUAGUAUUUUAUACACUGGUUUGAUAAGCAUCUUCAGAAAUUGGAGUAGUUUUAUAGUAAAUUCUGUAUAAGGAUUAAAUAUACUGUACUUUAGUAAUAAAAAUAAGCAAAAAAUUA